GGUGGAAAUGGAAUUCCACGAAAUUGGCCCCACGAAAUUGCAGUCCCACAAAAUUUUCCAUUAUAAAAAGCCCUCCACUCGUUGUACUAAACCUACUCUCUUAAUCUCUUUCCCACUUUCAAAAAAUUUGUUUCACAAAUUCUUAAUCUUUUUUUCGUGAAUGUUUACAACAACUAUUGAUCUUGAUCAUUUUUUCUCCAUAUAAAUCAAUAUUAAACCUCAUUAGUGGUUUAAUCACAUAAACAAGCUUUUUAUUAUGUAAUUGGGAAAUAGAUGGAAGUUAGCAGAAAACAGAAUGCUUCGUCGCCGUGCGCCGCCUGCAAGCUCCUCCGGCGGAGGUGCUCGCAGGAGUGCAUCUUCGCGCCGUAUUUCCCGGCGGAGGAGCCGGGAAAGUUUGCGGGCGUGCACAAGGUGUUCGGAGCUAGCAACGUUAGCAAGAUGUUGCAGGAGUUGCCGGAGGAGCACAGAGGCGACGCGGUGAGCAGUAUGGUGUACGAGGCUAAUGCGAGGAUGCGGGACCCGGUGUACGGGUGCGUCGGAGCCAUCUCGUAUCUGCAGCAGCAGAUCGACGCCCUGAGGCAGCAGCUCGCCCUCACUCAGGCCGAGAUGCUGCACCUCAGGCUCCGCAACCAAGCCACCAGCCCCACUAAUUCCUACACAUUGUUGUCCCAUUCCAAACCCUCCAAUUUCGACAUGGAUAUGGGGGUCGAGCAUGCCAGCUUCAGAGAAUCCAUGUGGUCGUCUACUUAGAUUACAUACAUAUCCUACAUGCCCAGCAUAGGCACCCACCGAGUUCCUAUGACUAUUUUUUUGGAUCUGGGCUUGUUUGUAUUGUUAUUAUGAUUAUAGAUUUCAUCAUGUUUUGUUAGUAUGAAUUUGUAAUAAUUAAGCAAACACUCCUCCUCAUGGUU